UAUCUUCGGCGAUUUCCGUUUUCUUUUUAUCUCCGGGUGACCCUUAUCUCCUCUAGCUGCUCGAGCUCAUCAACCCUACAAUGGCGACGAUGAACUACCCCUCUCUCCACCUAAAAACCCUAAUUUCCUACCAGCACUCCACGUCCUCUCAGAACCCUAACUCGAUGCUCGCGCGUCCUGUUCUCCUAUUGCCUCAGAGAGGAAGGCCAACGGGUCUUUCCUUUUUCAGCCAUCGAUCUCCGGUGGUUCGACGGGUGGGGAAAGGUGGAGUUAGGGCUAUGGCAGUGGAUGGGGACUACUCAUCAAGGAGGAGCAGUAGUAGCGAGCCGAGAGAGACGAUACUGCUUCCUGGUUGCGACUACAAUCAUUGGCUCAUCGUAAUGGAGUUUCCCAAGGAUCCAGCGCCCACCAGGGAGCAGAUGAUUGAUACCUAUCUCAAUACUCUCGCCACUGUUGUUGGAAGCAUGGAGGAAGCCAAGAAGAACAUGUAUGCGUUUAGUACUACCACUUACACAGGUUUUCAGUGCACCGUUUCUGAGGAGACAUCUGAAAAAUUCAAGGGAUUACCUGGUGUUCUUUGGGUGUUGCCCGAUUCCUACAUUGAUGUCAAGAACAAAGACUACGGAGGCGAUAAAUACAUAAAUGGGGAAAUAAUUCCCUGCAAGUACCCUACCUAUCAACCCAAGCAAAGAAGCUCAAAAUACGAAAGCAAGAAAUAUGUGAGGCAAAGAGAUGGCACUCCUCCAGACCGGAGGAGGGCAAGAACUGGAACCCCUCAACCAGAAUCAGCUUCUUCAUAAGAAAUGUAUCUUCUCCCCAUGACUGCAGUUUAUGAGCAAUUUUGUUUCCCAGUCAUAUUUAAGAAUGGAAGGGGAGAAGAAGCAGCAUAGUUUAGAGAUGAAGUUGAUAGGAUUGUUAGGGUUUAUGUUUUGCCUUGUCUUGCAUGCUUUGAGAGUCAGCAAUCAAUGGUAAGUGCUUGUCUCUGUGUUGUUCUUAUGCCCCUUUGGUUCUGUUGCAGCUGAGACAAAAAUUGAACCCUCUGAAAUAUGAAUUCAAGUGUUAGACAGUCUUUGAUUUGGUGAAA